AAGAAACAGAAAAGGGGCUACUGUCAGUUGCCUCAGACACCUGUGUUUCAGUGAGGACAAGAUGAGGUUUAAUAGAGGAGAGGUGGUGUUCUAAAGAUUGAAAAUUCUAUCCAAGACCGCGAAUGUUGCAGAAGUUAAUGAAGAAAAAGUUGAGGGGGGGCAUGUCGAGACACUUAAGGCCGAUGCCAGAAGAGCAGUCCGACCCAGAGACAUUUGUGGUCCCUUCUCCAGAUGGGGACUCCGAGGCUGGUGUAGGAGGCACACCCGGCAACCACGAAGAGAUGGAGCUCCAGUGUUCACAUGCUGCCCCUUUACUGAUGGCAGGACCAACUAAUAGUUGCGCUGGGUGUGCCCCCAUGAUAGAGGAGACCCCGGCCAUGAAUCAGCACGCAGACGUGUUUGCGCAUCUCACAAGUGCGAGCUACCAGGGUAAAGAAGGACGGGCGUCAGACCUGGAGCACGUGCUUGAACGAGCCAGGAACGCCGGGGUGAGCCACAUCAUCAAUGGGUGUGAGGACCUGCAACACACUCUCAACCUCCUCAAGAUGUCGCGCGGCGCCGAGGGCGUGUAUUGUGCCAUAAGCUUGGAUCCGGGUGUCUUUCGUGAAAAGGGGACGAGGGCUUUAUACCUGACGGAAGUGAGACGUCUCGCCAAGAAGUACCGCGGUGUUGUGGUCGGCGUAACGUUAACCGGUUUUAAGAAUUACAAAGCACCUUCGUUCGUCAGGAGACUGGAGAGAGCAUUGGGAGUGGCGGUGGACCAGCAGCUGCCAUUGUUUUUAAAGUGGAAGAAGAAAGUGUCGAAAUUAGUACUGAACUUUAAGGAGUUGCUGCAACUGCUUCCCACUAUUAUCAUCUACUCCUUUGAGGGUUCGAAGCAGGACGCCCAGACACUUUUGGACAACGGCUUUUACAUUGGGAUCAGCUGCAGGUCUGUUAUGGUUCCACAUACCUUUGAGGCUCUUGCCAGUCUCCCCAUGAACCAGGUUUUAGUGCAUUCCGGUGAGCCUGAAUUCAACUAUUUGAAUGAUCAUCCGCUUGCCAGCACCACUUUUCCUGCUGCACCUCGCAACACCUGGCGGACGGGACUGAUGCUGGAAGGGAGAGGAGAGCCUGCUUGCGUCGCGCAGGCAGUAGAGGUGGUAGCAGCUACACGGGGAGAGGACGUGGCUGAGGUGGCGGCCCAACUCUGGAAGAACGCUUGUGAAGUCUUCUUUCCUCACGAGGAUGUCUGUGGUGGUGUCUAUUGAACCUCGAACAGACACCAUCCUAAUCUGUUACAAAGGAUUCUCCCAACUUUGAAAUGUUAUAAUGAUACAUAGGUAUAUCUGAUCAUGCAAUAGGAUGAUAAUAUAAUUUUGUUUAUUUUCUACUGUAUUAUAUUAUUAUAUUUAUUAAUUACUA